CCUGCGCAGGUGUCACCCAGCAGCAGGUCGGAGAACAGACAGCCCAGCAUUUCACCCCUCAUAGCACACCGAACAGCUCACUCUCCAGGACGGCGGAGUGAGGAGUGAGGAGUGAGGAGUGCGGCGCCCUGUGUGUGUGGACGGCUGUGGGCUUGUGUUCUCAGGUGCUGGUGUGUUUCCCGUAAAGGCUGGACUGGGUUCUUUAAUCCUCUCUGAAUAAAGGAGUCCUGCAGUAAUGACAUCAUUUCCAGAAGUGUCCUGUUCUCACUGGAGUGUCCCGGUCGAGGUUGACGAGUCGAUGACAUCAUUGUCGCUGAACCUGGCCUGGCCAGUGUGUGAGCAGUGCUCGGCCCACGCUGACGGUGCUGAUGUUACUGUUAAUGACGUGGCUCAGGUGGAAAACCCAGAGGGCUACUCAAGGCAUCCUGAGUCAGAUGUCAUGGUGUCUGUCCAUUCUUUAGUCACGCCCCCCUCAUCGAGACAUCGUAUCUCGAAUGAGGCAGCGGACAGAUAUUUACCUCACCUGCAGCAUCCAAUUAUGGGCCCUGACAGUGUGGCACAGCGCCGCCUGAUGGAUGACCUGUGUGAACGUUUCUCUGUGCUGUUUCCUUGUGAGCGGUUGAACCAUCCCAGCGAGCAGGAUGAGGAGAGUCUGGAGAUGCCCCUCCCUCUGUCCUCGGAUGUGGGAGAAAUUCCAUAUGGACUGGCCCCUCAGCUCAGGCACCCCAGGCAUCCUAGGCCCCCUGGGCACCACCAGCUGCCCCCUAGUGGCCAGGUGUAUCGUGCCGAGGCUCGGUGUCCCAGGUUCUGCCCCUGUCAGCAGCUCCCUAUUGAUCCAGCCCAGCUCGGACCUGAUUACAGACCAUCACCUCCUAACAAAGUGGUUCCCAUGGCAACACCAUUGGUCACGGCCCCUCAGUCCACGGCCCCCGUCAGAGAGCUGAUGUCGGAGGUGUCCGUGCUCCCCUCUCUGCCAGUUUCCGGCCACACCCCCUUCCAGGAGGCGAGGCGGACCAUCAGCCUCCCUGAAGACUGCAGAACCGUUUUCAUCACCUACUCUGUGGACACGGCGAAGGAGAUCUUCUCGUUCGUGAGGUUUCUGAUGCAUCAGGGCUUCAGACCUGCUAUUGAUAUUUUUGACCACGCGGUGCAGCAGAUGGAUGUGAAUAAGUGGAUGGACGGAUAUUUAAAAGACAAAUCAGUGCUGAUUAUUGUGGUCAUCAGUCCGAAAUAUAAGAUGGACGUGGAGGGGGACGGGUCAGACCAGCAUGGACUGCACACCAAAUACAUUCACACCCAGAUCCAGAACGAGUUUAUCCAGCAGCGCUGUCUGAACUUCAGACUCGUCCCGGUACUCUUCCCAAACGCUAAUCAGAGUCACGUCCCGAUGUGGCUGCAGAGUACUCGGCUGUUCCGCUGGCCGCAGGACACUCAGGAUCUGUUGCUGCGGUUACUGAGAGAGGAGAGAUAUAUCCCACCACCGCUGGGCAAGGAGCUGACCCUCACCAUCAAACCGCUGUAAAAGGCCUUAGAAAUACAGAGUGUGGCGAACAGUGAAGCUCACAAAGCAGCAGUUUUGAUUUAUUUACUGGCCUUCACGGUCUUCUGCUUCCGGUCUAUAAGCAUAUAAAUAUUGUGUCAACUAAAAGCUCAGCCCACACGCUCUACAGAUAAACUUGGUUUUUAACUUGCUUAUAAACGUGUCCGGAUAUUAAGGCCUUAUUUUGAUGCCAUAAAAUAGCUGAUGGCCAACUGAGCUUUCAACUGGUUUCACACAGCUGACCUUAGUAAGCCGUCCCCGAGGCUCUGAGAAGAUAAAUUAAGCUUUAUCCUAGACUAGCCUAGUCCAUGUCCUCAAAAUCAGGCCUUAGUGUAAAUAAGAGACAGCGUUCCUGAGUAAUAGAGAUAGUGAUAUGGUAAUAAUAUGUUGCCUAUUAGCAUGAAGACAACUGUCUGACUGCUCAGUAUCACAGCUUGUUCUCAGAGAUGAAGAGAACAGGUUUCCUCUGACAGCCACUGUGUGGAACACCACCCAAAACCCUGCUAGUUCUACAGCCAGCAUGUAUUUCUAAUAGUGCUGAUUUUAAUAGCAGUGCUCUUAGAGACUCUCAGGCCAAACACAGCCACCUGUUCGCGGCCCGUACCCCUGUGCCAAACUGGCGCUAAUGUCCCUGCAGUUUCACUCAGGACGACACGGUCACCUCAAUACAGCCGACAGAGUCAGCACAUUCACUAUAAACCCACAGCCUCAGGGUACACAGAAUAAACGACUGAUGGCACACUGCACACUGCUAAUCAACACCAAGCUGCUUAAACACUGCUGCUCAUAAACACUACUGCAUAAAUACUGCUGCUCAUAAACACUACUGCAUAAAUACUGCUGUUCAUAAACACUACUGCAUAAAUACUGCUGUUCAUAAACACUACUGCAUAAAUA